CUGACCGGAUACCUGCCUCAGUCUGGAGCACACAGACUUGACAGUGUUGUGGAUGCAGGCCACACGCAGCUCUGUGGAAACACACCUCAGGUGUCCUCUCAGUCUGCCAUGCUCAUCACAUGGUGGUAUUUAUACCUCGCAGCUCGGAGCAUCGCCCAAAAAACUUUUAAAAUGGCCUCAAUCCUGCAGAAGCUCAUCACCCCGGUCUUCAGUGGUCCUCCUGAGCCGCCCAGGAAUAAAGUGACAGUGGUGGGCGUGGGCCAGGUCGGCAUGGCCUGUGCCAUCAGCGUCCUGCUCAGGGAGCUGGCUGAUGAGCUGGCCCUGGUGGACGUGAUGGAGGACAAGCUGAAGGGGGAGAUGAUGGACUUGCAGCACGGCAGCCUCUUCCUCAAAACUCCAACAAUAGUCGCAAACAAAGAUUACUCUGUGACAGCAAACUCCCGCAUCGUGGUGGUGACAGCCGGAGUCCGUCAGCAGGAGGGGGAGAGCAGGCUGAACCUCGUCCAGAGGAACGUCAACAUCUUCAAGCACAUCAUCCCCCAGAUUGUCCGAUUCAGCCCCGACUGCAUCAUCAUCGUGGUUUCUAACCCAGUGGACGUGCUGACCUAUGUCACCUGGAAACUGAGCGGCCUCCCCAAGCACCGCGUCAUCGGCAGCGGCACCAACCUGGACUCGGCCCGCUUCCGCUUCCUGAUGGCUGACAAACUGGGGAUCCACCCCAGCAGCUUCAACGGGUGGAUCCUGGGAGAACAUGGAGACACUAGUGUGCCUGUGUGGAGUGGAACAAACGUAGCCGGAGUCAACCUGCAGAUGCUUAACCCCGACAUCGGCACCGACUGUGACGAAGAGAACUGGAAGGAGACGCACAAGAUGGUGGUGGACAGGUAG